AUGACUUCUAAAUUACUCAAUGUCGCGCUCCAUGUUGACGAGAACAUGGCCUUUGGUGUUUCUCGAGACGAGAAUAUCCCCACGCCAGGCGACGGAGAGCUUUUGAUUGAGACUCGUUUCUCCGGAGCGAACCCGGCAGACAUCAAGCAUGCAACACACCUUGGCAUAUAUCCUACACGACUCGGUUACGACUUCUUUGGCAAAGUCCUCGAGGCUCCCCCCGGCUCAUCCUUCAAGGUUGGAGAUAACGUGGCCGGGUAUACUCCAACAGGGGUCGGUCGACCAGCCAAGUAUGGCACACAUCAGAGCUACUUGGUCUGCCCUGAGAAUAUGGCAUAUUCGGUUCCUGAGAAUCUCCCUCCAGAUCAUGCGGCAUGCUUAACCGUGGUCGCUAUGACAGCGGCGGAUGCACUAUACAACUUGUUCAAAUUUCCGCUUCCUGGCGAUUCAACCUCAAGUUCAUCUGGCAGUACUCCCCGGCCGCUUCUGAUCUGGGGUGCAUCCACCAGUGUAGGAAUAUGCGCUGUCCAGUUUGCGAAGGCUAGUGGGGUCUUUCCUAUUCUCGUCUCGGCAUCGCCGGGGCGACAUGCUCUUUUAUCCGAACUUGGUGCCACUCAUUGCUUCGAUUACAAGUCUCCCUCGGUGAUCGAGGAUAUCCAAAUAGUGCUACAGAACUACCAGUUUGACGGUGUACCAUACGCAUUUGAUGCGGUGGGAAGCCUCAGUGGUCUUGGUUCAGCGCAGAUGGUAGCCUCUUGUUCUUCCAAGGACGCUAUCUUGGUCUCCGUGGUAGUCCAAAAGGACCCACGCUUCGUGAUGCCUUUAGCCACCACGAACGAAGAUGUCACACUCAAGAUUGCAAAUAUCCCCCAUCCAAUCGUCAUUCCGGCUCGAAAAGAGGACCACCAGCGGGCAUGGAGUGCCCUUCAAUGGGCAGUUGAACACUAUGGAUCUCGUUUUCGACUGGUUUCUGUCGAAGUAUUCCAAGGGCGAGCGAAAGAUGCCCUGGAGGAGUUGAAGGUUCUGGCUGAUAAAGGUCGAGGGUUUGGGAAGCUGGCCCUCAUGCAUCCUCUUGUAUAA